AUGAAGUUUAUGAAACUUGGUUCCAAGCCAGAUACCUUCCAGACUGAUGGAAACAAUGCUAGGUUUGUGGCAAGUGAUUUGGCAUCAGAUAUCAUUGUUACUGUCGGUGAUAUAAAGUUUUAUUUACACAAGUUCCCUCUCCUGUCAAAGAGUGCUCACUUGCAGAAGUUGGCCACCACCUGUAAUUUGGACACUGGAGAUGAAGUUCAAAUUUCUGAAAUUCCUGGAGGUGCUUCUGCCUUUGAGAUAUGCGCCAAGUUUUGCUAUGGCAUGACUGUUACCCUCAAUGCUUACAAUGUAAUUGCAGCUCGAUGUGCAGCAGAAUACCUUGGAAUGCAUGAGACUAUUGAGAAAGGGAACCUCAUUCACAAGAUUGAUGUCUUUCUUAGUUCUACCAUCUUUCGUAGUUGGAAGGAUUCUAUCAUUGUUCUUCAGACUUCAAUUCCUAUGUUACCUUUGGCUGAUGACUUAAAGAUUGUGAAUCAUUGCAUUGAAUCUAUUGCAAGUAAGGUGUGUCUUGAUGUAUCCAAAGUUGAUUGGUCCUAUUCCUAUAACAGGAUGAAACUCCCUCAGGAAAAUGGUAUUGAUUCAAACCAGACCGAAGGUAGAACUCGUAAUGUGCCAGCAGACUGGUGGGUUGAAGAUUUAUGUGAACUUGAAGUCGAUUUAUACAGGUCUUUAAUGACCAAAAUAAUAAAAAAGAAAAUUCUAUCUGGUGAAGUGAUUGGAGCAGCUUUGAAAGCUUAUGCCAACAGUAGAUUGCCUAAUUUCAGCAAGGGUAUGAUCCACCACUGGGAUGUGUCAAAGCAUCGUUUAAUAGCUGAAACAAUCGUGUGGUUAUUGCCUGCUGAGAAAGGAAGUGUUUCUUGUAGGUUCUUGCUCAAAUUAUUGAAGGCUGCCAUUUUUGUAGAUUUAGGAGAUAUGACUAAAGAAGAGUUGGUAAGGAGAAUUGGGAGGCAAUUGGAGGAGGCUUCUGUUAGUGAUAUUUUGGUACAAUCAACUGAUGGGGAGGCUACCAUGUACGAUGUUAAUAUAGUAAAGAAAAUUGUAAUAGAAUAUUUAAUGCAGGAUCAUAAUGCUGAGAUUGAACAGGAUGGACGCAGCGGACCCAAGGAGAUAACAAGGCCAGGGAUUUUAUCAGAAGGUUCAAAGUUGAUGGUUGCAAAACUUGUUGAUGGAUACCUUGCUGAAAUUUCAAAAGAUCCCAAUUUACCAUUAUCGAAGUUUGUUGAUCUUGCUGAACUGGUGUCUGGCAUACCUCGUCCUACUCAUGAUGCACUUUACAGGGCCAUUGAUAUGUAUCUUAAGGAGCACCCAGGAAUCAGCAAAGAUGAGAGAAAUGGGAUAUGCAAGCUCAUGGAUUGCAAGAAGCUAUCGGUUGAUGCCUGCAUGCAUGCAGUCCAAAAUGAAAGGCUACCGAUGCGUGUGGUUGUGCAGGUUCUCUAUUUUGAGCAGGCAAGGUCUGCUGCAACUUCUGGCACAAACACUCCUGAUAUGCUGAAAGGGACCAUCAUGUGUAUAAACAGUGGAACCCAUGGUGGUUCAAGUAACACAGAAGAUGACUCAGAUAAUGUUGCCACAGCUGAGGAACUGAAGGAAUUGAGGAAGGAAGUUGCAUCCUUAAGUUUAUCCACCAGAGACAAAGAUGGACAUGAUGAUAAUAAUAAUAAUAAACCUAUGACAGACAAGGUUGUCAUGAGCAAGAUGAAAGGGUUGCUCAAAUCAAAAAGGUCCUUCAUAAAGCUGUGGGUUAGCAAAAGUGGUGCUGGAGAAAAUAAUAGUGGCUCCGACUCCUCUGAGAGUAAUGGUUCUGCUAUCCCAGAAGAAGCCAAAUCUACAGCUUCCAGAAACAGGAGGCACUCAGUUUCCUGAAGGUGAAUUGAAUUCAUUUUGAUGCAUUAGUUGCCAACAUUGGUGUUUUGUCUAUGGAUUGAGUAUAAAAACCAAGGUAUAUAUAGUUUGGGAUAGUAGAAUUGUUGAGGAUGGAAAUAAUGUGAUCCUUGGUAUUCAUUCUAUUCAAACUAGCUGAAACUCAAACUUUUGUUCCCAGUCAAGUCCACAUAAUGUGAAGGAACCCUCUCUGAUAGCGGAGACAGAGACAGAAAUAACAAAUAAUAAUAAGAUUUAUAAUCUUGGUCUCCUUAUAUCUUUUGCCUCUAUAUUAAAAAAUUUCCAGCAACAAGGGAUGGGUAUUUAGAAGUUAGAACCCACCUU